CACAUGUAUCCGUGUAUUUAUGUUCAAUGUGAGCUCCACCGCCAAAGUUAACAUUUCCCAGUCGGUAUUUAAAUUUCCUUGUGUUUGUCUUUACGUCAGUAAGUGGAGUACAAUCAUGUAUACAGCAUUCACAUUACGUUGUAAUCGGGAGCACGUGCCACUGCGCGCGGCAUCCACUCACUCACGAUAGACGAUUAGCUGGUACACGGCAGCUAUUAUGCGUUCACGCAACGCAUAAUAAUAUAAUUCCACCUAACCGCGACUCCGUGGUUAAGAUAACACAUUAACUUUAAUGUUCUUAUAACUCAAGUUUCAUUGUCAGAGCUUGAAUUAUAUUUAACUAUCUUAACCGAGUAUAUAAGUGUAAGAGCUUGAUUUUAUUAUAUAUUACACUUAUAUAUAAGUUAAAUAAAAUGUACUUGAUGAGAAUAUAUAAUUAAUGUUACUUCGGAUAAAAUUUCAUCAGAUUUCACGGGUUUAAGUCAUUAAAAGUUUUUCCACUUGUAACCGAUCACUCGGAGACAUUGAUGUGUUUUCUAUUCCCCACAGAGAUCGCUUUAGCCUCGAGGCUAUCAGAAAAAAAGAAUAAGAGAAAGAAGAAGAAAAUAAAGAGGAUGAAGAAGAAGUGAGUAUAUGUAAUCAAAGAAGAGCAGACGAAAAAUAAGAUGAUAAGAAUAAGGAUGAGAAAAGUAUAAAAGUGGGCAGUGUGUUGUUGUAUUUUGUUCGGAUCUUUCUCUCUUUCUCUGAUACUGUGAUGUGUGCCACAAGUCAGAAUGAUUGAUUGGCGGAAAGGGCCAGUAAACUUGACGGGAGUUGCACUGAGCGCGUGAUGAUGACCAUAAACGCCAACAGUACAUUACACUAGCUAUAGCAAAUACGAUCGGGUUAAUACGCGGUAUGGAAAAAAAGUAAAUAAAAAAAUUGGCUGGCUCGGUUCGGUUGGUCGGUCGCUCGGGUGGCCGGGAGCAACGAUGAAAAUAUUCUCGAUCGUUCGUCAGUAUGAAAUAUGGGAUUUGGCGAGUGGGUGCAGACCGGGUGCUCGAGAGAGAAUAUACAAGAACGCUGUACCAGUAUAUAGAGAAGUUUAUGAGCAAAAGUGAGAUAAUAGAUCGAAUGAGAUGAGAAUAAGUAGUUGUGUGUUUCAUCGGGCAGCCGGAAGGCAAAGUGUAUACGAAUAGAGUAUUUCGUUGCGCAGCAUAGAAGGCGCAAUGAAUCCCGCGAGCUGGUGGUUGCACAUGUGUCGAACCUGAAAUAUGUAGGCGUGGCCUCCUGGAGCUAGCAGACGCAUCUCGACUGCUGAAUAUGUUCACCCCCCGAUAACGCUCCACCCUCGAGUGGGCUCGGUGAAGCUACUAUUGGUCUGAGCCACCCUCGACCGCCUCCACCUGACGCUUCUACGAAACCGCGAUCCGAUUCCAGAGAGAAAGGGCCAAAGUCCCGGCUAAAUACUGAGCUGCGCGAGCGCGCUCCAGCAUUCGAACGUGGUCUCUCCGCGGUCGAACGUCGUACAGCAUAUACAUUACACUUUUGCUGGAGCUGGUGAUACUGUUCCACGUUAUCUGCUGACAUCUGCUACCUGUAGUGUCCUGUCCAUCAAAAGGUUACGCAUGUAAAAACGUUAUCACGCCACGACGUGCUGGCCUCACAAUGACAAUGGAAGAUCGUUCGGGACCAGGCAUCGAUCGUGCAGACGGUGCAGCAUCAACCGCUCAUCCUUGUACAACUCAAUUAAAAACGAUAUCAACCGAUGUCAUACCCUCAGACGCAUCAUAUCCAAUUCGUCGAAACGGAAAUACCAACAAACGUUCAUUUGACGUGGCCUUUCUGGUCGCACCAGAUGAAAAAUUAGCGCGCCGCCAAAAUUCACAACUAGUGAUUGAUCACAGGCAUAGCAUUGAAAAUCGUCAAAGUCCGGGAUAUGUGUCAGCCAGCGCAGCUAUCGCUGAUUUACGACAGCCCGUUCAGCCUACCGGAAGUGAUAGAUCAAGUCCAGGUUCAUCAUCAGCGAGCCCACCUGCUGCUUUUCGAAGACUCGGACACUCUCUUCAUCUCCAAGAACAUCGGCCUCUUCAUCCGUCGACUCAUCAUCAAGAAGAUUCCCUUGGUCCGUUGCCAAAAAGUGCUUUUACCAAGGUCAGCUGCAUCAAUUUUGAUGAUUCACACGUCUCGGGAACAUCUCCACGAUCUUCGAUUUCGCCAGACCGUCCAAGUUUUCGGAACAGCGUCAGUCCACCCGGAGGACCGCCGAUUAAAGCCUUCAAGUACGGGACUUUUGCUGCCGCUGCAGCUGCAGCCGCCGCAGCAGCCGCUGUGACUACACCGUUUCCUUUCCUCGUAAGUUCGACAAGCCCCAGUGAAUCUGUCGUCCAGACAAGCAUCCCCACGACCGGGUUGGUAGAAAAUUUAAAAAUCGGAGGAAAAAUAAACACUACAAUCGAGCCAUCGUCAUCACCAUCACCAUCAUCAUCAUCAGUAGCUUACCGAGCUUCUAAUGAAUUAUCACCAGCAGCUGCUGCAGUGUACUCAAAUCUGUCUUACUCACCAAUUUCCGUGUUUCCCGCGCCGAUGCCUGAAGCUCUUGUCCGACCUCGGCAUUUUCUUGGCGUCUCUGGAGUGACAGGUGUUGCUGGGCUUUUGCCGCCGUCAUUUGCGCUUAGUCUACCAGCCCAAAAUGUAUGUGCCAAGUGCAAUUUGUCGUUCCGCAUGACUUCUGAUCUCGUUUAUCACAUGAGAUCACAUCACAAGAAUGAAAGUGUCGGUGAGGCGGCACGACGACGCCGUGAAGACAAACUUAGAUGUCCAGUGUGCGAUGAAAGCUUCCGCGAGCGACAUCAUCUUACUAGACAUAUGACGGCACAUCAAGACAAGGAGAGCGAUGCUAUUGUCGAACAGCAGCAGCAACCGCAAAUUCAUCCACUACCGGCUGUCAAAAGAAGUACUGGUGGGUCUAUGGUCCACGGAGCCGCCAAGUGACGACGUAAGGUCUCGUCGUCGUUCUCUAUUCAGCAAUAGACCGUCACAAGACCUUGAAAUAAAAAAAAUUGAUAAAUUAAAAAAUUACACAUACACAUAUAAAUUAAUCAAUAAGGAUAAUUACGUACUACGAUCAUCAAUGCAGUAUAUUUGCAGUUAAUAGUGUAUACUUAUUAUUUAGUUUUACGGACUGUAUUAUUAAAAUAAUACAAAAGCGCGAAUUCUCCCGCUAGUCAAUAUUAGGAUAAGAAAGCAUUUAAAAUUAAAAUUAAAAAAUUAAAAUGAUAGUUAAUAUAAUAUAAAUGUUAGUUAAGAUAUCAAUUAUAUUGAAAUAAUAGUAAUUAAAUUAAUAAUGAAUGAUAUAAAUAUUAAUGUAUUGUCCAUCAAAACGGAUUCUCUCUUAUAGAAUUUGAAGCACUGAGUAUCCGGUCCUCGCGCACGCGGGACAAUCUAAACAACGUCGAUAAAUCGUUGAUCGUAAAGCGUAACCGCGUCACACGUAAACCAGCCGAGCACGCAUAAUGGUAGGAAACAAUGAAUGCCGUAAUCGGAAACAGUGCCGGUUUGUUAUCUGCCAUUCGCACCCCAUUUAACUUGAAACGUUGAAUCGGUCGGCCCGCGUUGCGUUACUCGGUCUCCUCGCGUUUUAAAUACGUAUACCGACCUCUGCGACCCUGCUUGCUGCACCCUCGCAUGUUUAUCCUUUCUCUCUUUCCUUUUUAUUAUUCUCCAUUAUCUUUCUCAUUUCUAUCGGCUACUAUCAACACUCGAUACUCAACGCGAGUAGUUAAUCGUGACUUCCUAUUACCUUUGUAAUUUAUCACACUCUCCUACUGUGUAUCGCUUUUCCAAUAGCUGUCAUCCCCUCAACAUUAUCGACACAAUCUACUUACUAUUAAUUAGGUAUAACAUUAUGUAACGUAUAUUCAUAUGUUAGAU